ACACCACCCUAGCAACGCUUUCCCUUGACAACAUUUUCGCAUUACGUUUCAAAAUUGUCAUAAUUAUUUUUGGCGAUGGUUAGUGGUAAAGAGUUCCGUUCGAGUCUUCGAAAACCCUUACCGGGAGCCCCCAGACACAAAAGUUGCCGAAUCGUUCCCGCGUUUACCAUCCAGGCCCUACAAAAAGGGACCUGUGUCGCGCCGCCCCCUCGCUGCAACGCACUCAAAGAACAGCCCCCGAAACCUACGAAUUUUCGCACGAAUUACAAGAGAGGGGACUUUCCGAUUGCGCUGGAGGCCAAUGGGAAGAGAAUUUCGUGGAAGGCCGACCUUCAAAAACUCGAUUACCACCACUACUUGCCCAUGUUUUUUGACGGUCUUUGCGAAAUAGAAGAUCCGUAUAAGGCUUUCGCCCAACAGGGGAUUCACGACAUGCUCACCUAUGGCGGCCCGAAAAUCUUUCCAUGUAUACCACAGCUCAUUAUUCCUAUAAAAAAUGCACUGAACACUAAAAAUAAACUAGUCAUGUGUUCGACGUUACGAGUUCUUCAACACUUGGUGAAAUCGGGAGAGAUGAUUGGAGAAGCUCUUGUUCCGUAUUACCGCCAGAUAUUACCUGUUCUAAACUCAUUUAAAGAAAAAAAUGUAAACUGUGGCGACGGAAUUGACUACAGUCAAAUGAGAGGCGAAAACUUGGCCGACAUAAUCAACGAGACUUUAGAAACUUUGGAAAAAUUUGGAGGAGAGGACGCUUUCAUCAACAUCAAGUAUCUGAUACCAACGUAUGAGUCGUGUAUGAUGAAUUGAACACUCUGUAGAAGAAAUAAAGUUAUCCUACGUUUCAAA